AUGUAUCAUAACCCAAGGAGUGCCAACUGCGAAACGUUUCCAAAAAUGCCUAUCCAUGUUGAAGUAUCAAACACAGGUGAAUUCGACGGAACACACACGGUGUUCGUCUUUGCCGAGGCUCCGAGAAACGGGAUAAAAGGACUGGGUGUGAACAAACAAUUGAUAGCGUUUGAGAAGGUUCAUGUCACGGCAGGUGCAAAACGGACUGUUCAAGUCGAUGUUGAUGCUUGCAAGCAUCUUGGUGUAGUGGAUGAGUAUGGUAAGAGGAGAAUCCCAAUGGGUGAACAUAAGUUACACAUUGGAGACCUUAAACAUACUAUUUUGGUCAAACCACAACUUUGA